AUGCAGUGUGAAGGGUGCGGUGACUAUCAACCAUGUACACCAGCUUGUCCUCGCACCUGCGACAAUUACUACCGAUACGACCAAAUACGCUGCGACGAAAGCUGUGUGGAGGGAUGUCUGUGUCCUGAUGACGAAGUGUACGACCCAGAGCACCAGAGAUGCAUCAAGCAGGAAUCCUGCUACUGUAUCAAGAUGGGUGUCAAUGAGUACUAUGAUGGACAGACUAUUCCAGAAUGUUCUGAUCCUUGUCGAACAUGUUAUUGUUUCAAUCAUACCCUCCACUGGUUUGGCCAACCAUGUACAACUGCAAUGACGACUCUCCUAACUACAACUACUGCCUUUAUGUCAUCUCCUGCUGUAAUCACUAGUGAAGGAAUCAUAGCAACAACCAUGGCCACAAUCAUAACUGCGACAACUGGUACAGUAACCCCAGCAACUAGCUCAGAAACCCCAAUAUUAGGCCCAUUGAAUUAUACGACAAAGGUGGAAUUGGGAACCCCUCCACCCACAACCACACUUGAAGUGCUUACUCCGUCCACUGAAGUGCCCUCUCCAUUCACUGAAGUGUCCUCUCCAUCCACUGAAGUGCCCUCUCCAUCCACUGAAGUACCCUCUCCAUCGACUGAAGUGCCCUCUCCGUCCACUGAAGUACCCUCUCCAUCCACUAAAGUGCCCUCUCCAUCCACUGAAGUGCCCUCUCCGUCCACUGAAGUGCCCUCUCCGUCCAUCGAAGUGUCCUCUCCGUCCACUGAAGUGCUCACUGAAAUAAUUACCUCAUUCACGUCUGAGAUUACAACACCACCAGAGGUUUCAUCGGUUACACCAGCCUGUGUUGACACAGGCUGGACAGAUUGGUUCGAUACAGACCACCCAUGGAACAGUACAAUGCCAGGUGACUUCGAACCUAUAAAUAGGCUAAGACACUACCAUGCGUUUUGCGAAACCCCUACUGAUAUUGAGUGCCGAAACGCAGCGACACAUGUACCAUCUCAGCUUACUGGACAGGUUGUCACUUGUAGCCUAGGCAGGGGUCUAAUAUGUAGCAAUUUUGAACAAAGUGGUGCAACAUGUGACAAUUAUGAAGUACGCUUCUACUGUGGCUGUCCAACAACAGUACAGCCUACUACAAUAACAGAAGCAACUGUGACAAAGGGAACACCUGAAGAAAUUAAAUUAAAGAGUACGGUUAUGCCACCUGUGAAUUAUACGACUGGUACUCCUCUCCCCCAAGUCACUACUGAAGUGGAAACAGAGGUGUCAUCUGUUACUUCAGUUACAACACUGACAUCAGAAGGAACAACACCGCCGACAGCUACUCCAGAAACGACAGAGCUUGAAACAGUGACAGUGCCUUCAUCGACCACAGUAUCACCUUCGACAGUAGUUACCAUUGCCCCGCCAAAGUGCGAAACUGGAUGGACUGAUUGGUUCAAUGUGGACAAUCCAUACACCAAUUCAGCUGGUGAUUUUGAUGUCAUUCCAAGGCUUCGUAAACAUUAUCAAUUUUGUGAACUUUCAAAGCUUGACGAUGCUGAGUGUCGUGGCACUGUUAGCCAUAUACCGCAUACCGAGCUGGGACAAGUGGUUCAUUGCAGCCAAAACGUGGGACUUGUAUGCUCAAAUGAAGACCAAUAUAACAAUGAUACAUGUCUAGAUUAUGAAAUUCGCUUUUAUUGUGACUGCGCUAAAACUACCGUUCAACCAGGAACACUUGCAAGCACUGAAAAACCCACAUGGCCCACCCCUGAACCAUUUGUCGUACAGCCUGCUGUAUGUACUGAGACAGGUUGGACUGACUGGUUCAAUAUUGAUGAACCAGGUACUGGAAAAAUGGAUGGUGACUUUGAAGUGAUGCCAAGGUUAAGAACACAAUAUAAGUUCUGUGAGGAAUCCAUGAUAUCCAGUGUUGAGUGUAGAUCCACAGAAAGUAAAGCCUCAUUUGAAUCCCUCGGCCAGGAGGGCCACUGUACAAAGCGUGGAUUCAUGUGUAUGAACAAGUUUCAGACAUCAGGACAGUUAUGCCUUGACUAUGAAAUCCGUUUUUACUGUAUCUGUGUUGAAAUUGGAACACGCCCAGAAAUUACAACUGAAGUAACAACACCUGAAGAAGUUACUACCACUGUAUCACCAAAAACUACGUCAGUACCUAUCACGUCUGAAACUGCUACUGUUCUUGAAACUGUAUCUAUUGUCCCAACAACAUAUGAGGAACCCAUCAAACCACUCAAUUAUACAACUGAAGUUGAAAUUGGAACACGCCCAGAAAUUACAACUGAAGUAUCUAUUAAACCAACUAGAAAAUUGAUUACAUUGAAACCUAUUUCGGAGCGUAUUGUAUGCAAUGAAACUGGUUGGACAGAUUGGUUUAAUGCAGACAGUCCCGAUACAAAUCCACGCGGAGAUUUUGAAAUAAUUCGAACUCUCAGAACAAAGUACCAAUUCUGUUCAGUUGAUAUGAUAACUGAUGUACAGUGUAGAGACAGUGUAACUCACCAACCUCCACAAUCAUCACUUGGUCAGAAUGUUCGUUGCACUCCUAGAGGCUUAAUGUGUGAUAAUAACAGACAAGUACCAAGGGGUACAACCUGCUUGGAUUAUGAGAUUAGAUUCUACUGUGAAUGUGUAUUUACAACGCCUGAGAUGUCAACACGCGCAAAAGUUACUACCGCUGUGUCCCCUGAAAUAUCAUCAGUUCCAACUACCCAUGUUUCUACUACAGCUGCUACAGUUGUACCAACAACAACAGAGAGACUUAUCCGACCACUAAAUUAUACAACUGGAAUUGAAUUUGCAUCACCUCCUGAAUCCUCGACAGCGACAAAAGAACCCGUAGCCCCAGCAUGUGAAGAAACCGGAUGGACCAAAUGGUUCAAUGUAGACAAUCCAUAUACUGGUUUGAUGAAUGGCGACUAUGACAACAUACCAAAUCUACGAAAAUAUGUGCAAUUCUGUCCAGAUUAUUAUAUAACUAAUGUAGAAUGCAGGGAUGUGAUUAGCCAGGAGGCACCAGAGGAUCAUGGGCAGUUAGUGGAAUGUAGUACCACAAGUGGUCUCAUAUGUCUUAACACUUACCAGCAGCAGUGUCUGGACUAUGAAGUGAGAUUUUUCUGUGACUGUGGUAAGUCCAAUUUCUCUGCAUUUUUAUAUAAAAAGAGAGAAUUGUUUGAGUUAUGA